AAAAAAUAAAUAAAGUGUACUACUGGUACUACUAGUAUUCUUUUUGUAAUGUCUGUGUUUUUGUUGCAUUUCAAGUCAUUUUAUUUUGUUUGUACCAAUAUAUAGAUCUAAAACUAGGUAGAGAUCACUUCCGAAAAGACUAGUUUCCAGCGCCACAUAAACGAAAAUAAAAAAGUUAAAUCCGUCAUGGCUGAAAUGUUGAUGGACUGUCAGUUUUUAGAGUGAAAUUCUUUUUAUUUUUACCAUGACCAAUACUUUGUGAGUUGUGGAUUUCUAAUGAACAGUGAUCAAUCAUAUUGUUCUUAUGAAUUAUUAUAAAUUCUCAUCAUGAACGGAUUAAGUUUCAGUGAACUCUGUUGCCUGUUUUGUUGUCCGCCAUGCCCGGGGAAAAUUGCGGCUAAGCUAGCAUUUUUACCUCCAGAACCCACGUAUGCAUUCACACCCGACGAAACUGGAUCAAAAUUUUCGUUGACUCUGACGGAACGAGCAGAAUGGCAGUACUCGGAACGAGAAAAAGAGAACAUCGAAGGUUUCUACUCGAGAACAUCGCGAGGCAACAGAAUAGCUUGCCUCUUUGUUCGAUGCAGCCCGAACGCCCGUUUCACUAUAUUAUUCUCUCACGGCAACGCCGUAGAUCUCGGACAGAUGAGUAGUUUCUAUUUAGGUUUAGGUACUAGGAUAAACUGUAAUAUAUUCAGCUAUGACUAUUCCGGGUAUGGCGUGAGUGGAGGGAAACCAUCAGAGAAGAAUCUGUAUGCGGAUAUUGACGCUGCGUGGCAAGCCCUGCGGACGCGGUAUGGAAUCAGUCCAGAGAAUGUGAUCCUAUAUGGGCAGAGCAUUGGUACUGUCCCCACGGUGGAUCUGGCUGCGCGCUACGAGGUGGGUGCGGUGGUGCUCCACUCGCCGCUCAUGUCGGGUAUGCGCGUCGCCUUCCCCAACACCAAGCGCACCUGGUUCUUUGAUGCUUUCCCCAGUAUCGACAAAAUUCCAAAAGUGACCUCUCCAGUCCUUGUUAUUCAUGGCACUGAGGAUGAGGUGAUUGACUUCUCACAUGGCCUAGCCAUAUACGAACGCUGUCCACGUGCAGUUGAGCCCCUCUGGGUCGAGGGUGCAGGGCACAAUGACGUCGAACUCUUCAACCAGUACUUGGAGAGGCUGAAACGUUUUGUUUCAGUGGAAUUGCUCAACUGACAAAGACUGCCGGCCACCGGCCAGACUACGCAGGGCGAUGACCAAAAUCCGGUUUCAACGUUGAGCUCCGGCACCUCUAGUUCGGCGACAGAAAGACUCCUCUAGCUAGCGGGGGCCGGGCCCAGCCGGGCCGGCCCCACCAAAAAUUCCGCUAACGCGAACGGCUCCGCGAGCCCGCAUAUUCAUAGGGAAAACGAUAAAACUUUAGAUAAUAACGAAGCUCGAUCCAGCGAGCCCAAAAGCCCUAUUACCGUCGCACAUAACAUAAGUAUAAACGUGACCGACACCGACUCGCCCGCGGGCGUGCGUCGCCGCAUCCACCUGCGCUCGCUCAGUGACGUCACACCCACCAGCCGCGCGCCCACGCCGCGCGCGCGCUCCCACUCCGAGCGGCCCGCGCCCUCCCCCGCCCCCUCCCCCGGGCCCUCC